AUGCCCCUCCACCAUAGCCCAAAAGUGCCCUCCCACUGGACCACCCUCCUCACCUCAACCCCAACUCCAACCACCAGAACCCAAGACCAAGACCAAAACACCCUGAGCAACCUCACCUCCGCAUCCAAAACGCGCCUCCUCCAGCACAUCGCCUCCGACAUCACCACCGCGCUAAUCCAGAUCUCCAAACACCUGGACACCGGGACGCUGAGCUCGCGCCACACGCGUCCCAUCGAGGACAUGAUCGGGGUGAUAACGGGGACGGAGCAAGCGCAUCGACGGGGUCUGGAGCGGAGGGUGCGGCGGAUGGAGGCGCGCGAGAAACGAAGGCUGAAGCGGUGGAGGGGCGAGAGGCGGUGGAUGAGGAAGUGUUUUGCGGGAUUGCUGGGGAAGGCGACGGAGGUGAGUGGGAGGUGGAGGGAGAGGGUGAGGUAUCUGAGGGAUGGGAGGAGGUUGUCUCGCUUUUAG